AUGGCUCAUCUGCACAAGCAACAAAACUUCUGCUUUGUCCUUCUAUUUGUGGCACUGACCAUAGCUUAUGCUAGAAAAGCAAUUGAAGUUAGCUUCCAACAGAACUACAAGGUUGUAUGGGGAAAGCAUCACGUCUUCUUUGUACAGCAUGGUAGAGAAGUUCAACUCUCAAUUGAUAAGACUUCAGGGGCUGGCUUCAGAUCAAAAUUGGAAUAUGCUUCUGGAUUCUUCCAAAUGAGAAUAAAGAUACCCAACAAGGACACACACACACACACAUUUUACGUGGAUGAAAUACCAAUUGGAGUAUUCAAGAACUACUCCAACGUGGAAGUGAGUUUUCCUUCAAAACAAAUGCACGUUACGGCUAGCAUAUGGAAUGGUGAACCUUGGGCAUCUAAUGGGAAGAGAAUUGACUGGAAGCAAGCACCCUUCACUGCUCAGUUUCAAGGUUUCAACAUUCAUGGCUGCCGAACCCAAAAUCGCAAAAAACAUGCCUGCUAUUCUCCUUAUUUAUGGUGGAAUGACAAAAGACAUUGGGAACUAAACCCUCAACAGCAGAGAGCGUAUGAAGAUGUGGGGAAGAAACAUUUGUUGUAUGACUACUGUUCUGAUAGAGCCAUAGAGGAGAAUUGCACCAAGAAUGUCAAAUUAAUUAGGUCAUUAAUUAAUUGAUAAUACGACUAGUACAUAAUUAGUUAGUCAUAAAUUAUAAAUAACGAAGAAAAAACAGGAAAUGAUACAUAUCCUGAAUGUAUCAGAUUAAUUAGGACGGUAUAUAAAAAUUCUAAUUAAUUAGUAUUUGAGAUGAUUGAUCAGUGGCAAAAC